AUGAAGAUGAUAGUUCUUUUAGUGGUUUUCUGGAGCGGUUUUUCGAAAGCUUUGAACGUAAAUGAAGCUUGCAUCACGCCGUGCAAUACACCGGGAACCUGCGUGGAAGCAGUUAAAUGCCCUUAUGCUAUCAGCAUUCUCAGAAAACAAAAUGCAACGUAUCAGGAUUCGGAAUACUUGUCCAACAGUAUAUGCGGCCGUUUGUCGGAAUCGCGUUCCGUUCCAUUGAUAUGCUGCCCUAGCUUACCUAAUCUUGGAGAAUGUGGGACAUUGGACAUCGGACGCCGUAUUUUCGGUGGUGAUGUCACUGAACACGGUCAGCAUCCUUGGGCAGCGGUGCUAAUUUACAACCUAGGAAGAAACCAAUUCGCUCCCGAAUGUAGCGGUUCGCUGAUAAACUCGAGAUUUGUGCUUACAGCUGCACAUUGCAUACUGGAGAUUCCUAGGAAAUGGAAAUUGCAGAAGGUACGGUUUAGUGAGUGGAAUGCACUGAAAAAGGCGAAUUGUACUAUCGUAAACGAUGAAAAGAUUUGUCGUCGAGAUUACGCAAUAGAAAGUAUUAUUGUUCAUUCUGAUUACAGGAAGAAAGACCCAAAUAGAAUGCACGAUAUUGCUUUGGUCAAGCUAGUGGAAGAGGUUACAUUCGACAAAUAUGUUCGACCAAUUUGCCUACCAAUGGAUGUUUCAAUUCAAGAACUACCCAUCGAUAGUGAAGAGUUCACUGUUACGGGUUGGGGUGUAACCGAAACUGGUUAUCGUAGCGCUGUGCAAUUACAUGUCGAUUUGGUCGGAAGGAGCAAUACCGUAUGUGAUAAAGCUUACUCCCCGAUUGGUAUCACGUUAACCGAUACUCAUCUCUGUGUGGGCGGUGCUAAGGGAAAAGAUUCCUGCAAAGGUGACUCUGGCGGGCCGCUGCUCAGACUUGUUGGUACCGUGUGGUACCAGGUCGGUGUUGUUAGUUUCGGGUCCAAGUUUUGCGGUACCACAGGCAUGCCCGGGGUCUAUACCAAUGUGGCAAAACAUAUCGAUUGGAUAGUUCAGACUGUGCAUGAAAGUUACUGUAGGAAGGAAACCUCAGAUGAACGUCUUAUCCUGACCGAUAUCUCCUACACCUGA